AUGUCCGACGAAACGAAGUUCGAUUUCAUUGUCGUCGGAGGGGGAACAGCAGGUGUUGUGAUAGCAUCCCGCCUUAGCCAAAAGUUCAGCGUUGCCCUUAUCGAAGCAGGCUCAAACGACGUCUUCAAUCCGCAUGUCACGGAUCGGAAAAGCCUUCUUGAACUUAUAGAAGAUGGCAUUGUUUUAGACUACUCAAGCGUCCCCCAGAGCCACUGCGACGACCGAAACAUGACCCAGUUUGCUGGUCGUACCGUCUCUGGAUCUAGCGCGGUCAACAUUGGAGUCUGGACAAGAGCAUCAAGGACAGAUUAUGAGGUAAUAGCGGAAAAAGCGGGCCAUGCUAGGUUCACGUUCGAAGGGCUUUUGCCUUACUUCAAACGGACGGAGCGCUUCUGGGAUACCACAGCCAGUCGCAAAUACCAUGGCUUCGACGGACCGAUCCACACGGCCGCUGGCCGGCAGUAUCCCAUGCGUAAAAUAUUGCAAGAAUCAUUCGUCGCUAGGGGAGUUGACAUCAAUCCGGACCCUUUUGAUGGCGAUCCGACCGGCCUUUCAGAUCUCUGCCAAAACUUUCGAGUAACAUCGAGCUCUGAUUCAACAAGACAGCAUAGCGCGCGGGUAUACGACCUCUCCAGAGUACACGUGAUGGAUUCCACGUUCGUUAGAAGAAUUUUAUUCCAGGACGGUAGGGCGACAGGCAUUCAACUGCUCAACGGCAACCAGCUACAUGCUCGCCGUGAAGUCAUUAUCAGUUGUGGCGCGUACAAGACCCCUCAACUGCUAAUGCUCUCCGGAAUUGGUCCAGCAUCCGAGCUAUCCAAACACUCCGUCCCCCAAAUCGUGGACUCCCCUGAAGUCGGCCGUAACCUGUUCGACCACAACUCCCUCAAGCAAUACUACCGCCUCCGCCACCCAGAGAAAGGCUUCGCCCUCCCCUUCACCGGCACCGCAAAGCCCGAGUACGGCCAAGGCGCGCCAUCAGACUUCCUCGCCUUCCAAACCCUCCCAACCCCUGACCUCCAAGCCGCCCUCGCAGCCGACGACCCUUCCAUUGACGCUUCCCACCCGCAUCUCCGCCCCAAACGCUGCCACCACCUCUCCGUAGUUUUCUACUUCCCCUUAAUCGACCAACCGAAUUACAGCGCCCAGCUUGGCCGGCCCCUAGAUGGUACCCACAUCAGCCUCAUAUCCUUUCUCCUCCUCCCCACCUCCCGUGGCACGAUCACGCUCCCCUCCACCGACCCAACCGCCCACCCUGUCAUAGACCCAAACUACCUCUCCACCGCCGCAGACCGCUACACCUUCCGCGCCGCCGUGCGCCGCAACUUGGAGCUCGCGGAGACCGGACCUCUAGCCAGCGAAUUAAUCGCGGAAACGCCACCAGAUGGGUUUCCGGCACUGACGUCCCGCUCCAACGACGAGGAGAUCGAUGCAAGGAUCCGGAGGUUUUGUGGGACUAUCUAUCACCCGCAGGGCACGGCGGCGCUGGGGACGGUGCUAGAUGCUGAGUUUCGGGUCAAAGGGGUCAGGGGGCUGAGGGUGUGCGAUGCGAGCGUGUUUCCGGAGGCUGUGGGAGCGAUGCCGCAGGCGACGGUUUACGCGUUUGCGGAGUUGGCGGCGGAGCUGAUUGGGGUUGGGAAUGAGGGCGAGUGA